AUGAACGUAGAAAGUUCAAUUAACUAUCACUUCAAAGUAACACGUGACAUUUUGUACCAAAAGAGAAAACGCGAGCUUUUAAAACGUGUUCAACUGACCACCCCUAAUGUUCACCAAAGUUGGUGUUUAUCUAUAUCAUCCCACCAGAACACAAUAUGUACUACUGCAAUCCCGUUUAUUUGGGCAAAGAAUCCAAGCAUAAAAGUCUCUUGUUCGAAACCUUCAAGGGAUUCUGUUCGAUUAGCUACUUUUCUUGAUAAAUGUCGAAUGUUUGGGAGCCUAAAGGGGUUUAAACACUUUGAGGUGCUUCAGAGAGGAAGAGAAGAAGUAUUAUUGUCGGUGUAUGAUCCGAAACACAUUAAUCACCAACAAGCCGAAAACACAAAGUCUAAAAGAUUGAUAGAAAGUAUGAGUCCGUUGGAUAAAGACUUUGAAAAGUAUCAAGACCGUACUGUAUUUUUGAUAGCAGGUUAUGCGCGAUACAGAUGUCCCUACGUUUGGCUUAGAUCUCAUCACGCUUUAUUGGCCCAGGAACAGGACGAUGAGAUUGUCAAUACAGACAAUCCACUUCGGCUAGAGACGACAGUAGCAUGGAAAACUAAAGAGGUUGCACUGUGGGAGAUUGUACAAGAAAUCAUCUCCAUGACAGUCGAUCCAUGUCCAGAAAAUCCAUUUGAAAUAUCCAUGGAGAUCUUUGAUAGCCUGGACGCUGAACAAUCUAUCAUGUUGUCUGCCUCUCUCCUGGUAUUUCUAAAGGAGCUCUGGCUUCAGUCCGAACCAGACGUUCCGUUUGUAAACCAAGCAAUGAUCAGAAAGCCACAAAGUAGCAAGGAGACUGUGUAA